CUUGUGAAAUUCUCUCUCCUUUUUCUCUCUUUCUCUCUCCAUCGAUGAAUGGAACACUAGUUCGGCGCUCAUUUAUGAUCUGCAUGUAAAUAAAUUUCCUUCUCACCCAUAUCACCCUACCUGUCAAUUCCCUACUAAAAUUUUCCAUUACCCCAACAUUUCCAGUUGCAGACUGCAUUAACUCAAACAGAGCCUGAAGGUAAUACAAACAGAGCUUCGAAGAAAGAAAUCAAUCCUUAUUUUUUUCUUCACUCUACUAAAUAAUCAAAAGUUUCACCACAAAAAUAACCCUUUGAGCUUUCUCCAUCAAUAUUGAUAGAAAUGGCAGUUUUAAGGUUUGUUUUCAGUUUCUUUUUCACUCUGUUUUUGGUAACUUUCUAUUUUGGAUAUGUUUCGUGCUCCGCUGAGUCCACUCUAGAGACACUCUUGAAGGUGAAGGAAUCAUUUUCUGAAGACCCAAAUGGUGUAUUGAACACCUGGUCAGAAACAAACCCAGAUUUCUGCAAAUGGGAAGGAAUCACAUGUAACUCGGCACGACACGUAGUGAGUCUUAACCUUUCCAAGUCACAACUCAGUGGGUCAAUUUCACCUUCACUCGGUGGUUUACAGCACCUAAUCCACCUUGACCUAUCUAUGAACCAACUCAGUGGGCCAAUCCCAACUGCUCUCUCAAACCUUUCCACCUUAGUAUCUUUGCUUCUGUUCUCUAACCAACUCAGUGGGCCCAUCCCUACUCAACUCGGCUCACUCACGAGUUUGCGUGUUAUGAGAAUAGGUGACAAUGAACUCACUGGUCCAAUCCCACCUUCAUUUGGUCAACUUUCUAAUUUGGUCACUCUUGGUUUAGCAUCAUGUAGACUUUCUGGCUUCAUACCUUCCCAAUUAGGAAAGUUAACCAAACUUGAGACCUUAGCUUUGCUGGAUAAUUUUUUGGUGGGUCCUAUACCAGCUGAACUUGGGAAUUGCACAAGUCUUGCAGUUUUUGCAUCUGCUGGAAAUAUGUUGAAUGGUACCAUCCCUCCGCAACUCGGUCAGCUUCAGAAUCUUCAUACUUUAAACCUUGCAAAUAACAGCAUUUCUGGGGAAAUUCCUGAAGAAUUUGGUGAUUUGGGUAAGCUUAAUUAUCUUUCUUUAUUGGGAAAUGAGCUUGUGGGUCCCAUCCCAAGAUCGCUAACUAAAUUGGGUAAUCUCCUAACCCUUGAUUUGUCAAUGAACAAGCUCACUGGAAUUAUUCCUGAAAGAUUUGGCCAAAUGAAGCAGUUAGUAACCUUGGGUUUGUCAGGCAACAGUUUUCCUGGUGUUUUACCACCCAGUAUUUGUUCAAAUACAACUAACCUGCAAAGCUUGUAUCUUUCAAAUACUAGACUUUCUGGUGAAAUCCCACCAGAAAUCGGGAGAUGUCAGUCACUGAGAACCCUUGAUUUAUCCAACAAUACACUCAAUGGAUCAAUACCGGUCGAGUUAUAUGGUCUGGUUAAUCUGACUGAUCUGUAUCUGUAUAACAACAGCUUAACUGGUUCAAUAUCUCCUGCCAUUGGAAAUCUCAGCGAUUUGCAGACUUUGGCAAUCUACCUGAACAGACUAGGGGGAAGUUUGCCUAAAGAGAUUGGUACGUUGGGAAGUCUUGAGGUGAUUUUCAUCUAUAACAAUCAAUUAUCUGGUGAUAUUCCUUUGGAAAUUGGCAACUGCUCAAACUUGCAAAUGAUUGAUUUUUAUGGGAAUCAAUUCACUGGAAUGUUACCUUCUACAAUGGGGUUACUUAAGAAAUUGAAUUUCCUGCAUCUCAGACAGAAUGAUCUGAUGGGUGAUAUUCCACUCACUUUGGGGAACUGCCAACAGCUGACAAUUCUGGACUUGGCCGAUAAUCGCCUUUCAGGUGGUAUUCCAGCGACAUUGGGCAAUCUAAAGUCUCUCCAGCAGCUUAUGCUGUACAACAACUCCAUUGGAGGUAAUAUCCCUAAUGAACUGAAAAGCCUGUCUAAUCUGACAAGAGUGAAUCUUUCAAAUAACAAACUGAAUGGUAGCAUUGCUCCUUUAUGUAGUUCAACUUCUUUGCUUUCUUUUGAUGUGACUAACAAUGAAUUUGAUCAUGACAUUCCACCCCAGCUGGGGAAUUCACCUUUGCUUGAAAGGCUAAGGCUAGGAAGCAACCGUUUUACCAGGGAAAUUCCUAGAACAUUCGGACUCAUACGCGAAUUAUCGUUGUUAGAUCUUUCAGGGAAUUUUCUUUCGGGUUUUAUACCCUUUGAACUUUCAUUUUGCAAGAAACUUUCUCAUCUUGAUCUAAAUGGAAACCAUCUCACAGGCAAAAUCCCAACAUGGUUUGGGAGUUUGCCACAGUUGGGUGAGCUUAAACUGUCCUCAAAUUUAUUUUUUGGUCCUUUACCACCUCAAUUAUUCAAUUGUUCUAAACUCCUUGUCCUUUCUCUGGAGGACAAUCAGUUGAAUGGUACCCUGCCAACAGAAAUUGGUGAUCUUAUUGCUCUCAAUGUUCUUAAGCUCAGUAAAAACCAAAUUUCUGGUUCUAUCCCGCCAUUGAUUGGUAAACUAAGCAAGCUCUAUGAGCUCAGACUAUCUUAUAACCUCUUAAAUGGUGAUAUACCAAUUGAGAUCUCUUUACUCCGGAAUCUCCAAAUCAUGCUUGAUCUCAGUUACAACAAUCUUACUGGAAAAAUUCCACCGCAAAUCGGAUCGCUUUCUAAGCUUGAAGCUCUCAGUUUAUCUCAUAAUCAGCUUAUUGGUGAGGUUCCUCCUCAGAUUGGUGAAAUGAGCAGCUUGAGCACUCUUAACCUUUCAUACAACCACCUUGAAGGAAAAGUUGGUAAACAGCUCUCAAAAUGGCCAGCUGAUGUUUUUGUGGGGAAUAACCUCCUAUGCGGGAAGCCUCUUGAACAAUGCAGUGCAGACAACCCAAGCAACCAUAAGCAUACAUUGGAAGCAUUAGUUCUCUGUUUAUUACUUGCUGUUAUUGCUGCUGUAGUCUUAGUACUUGGAGUAACCAUCUGCAUCAAACGGAAGAGAGAAAUGAUGAAGAGAUCUCGGGAAGCAGGAAGCACAUUCUCAAACAGUUCGGGAUCCAACACGAACCGUCGUUUGCUCAAUCCCAAAUCCCCCACGAGGCAAUCAGAGUAUACGUGGGAUGACAUUAUGAAAGCAACAAAGAAUCUAAGUGAUGCUUUUAUAAUUGGUUCGGGUGGUUCUGGUACUAUAUACAAGGCUGACUUAGCAUGCGGAGAGACAGUCGCAGUGAAGAAGAUACCACGAAAAGAUGAUCUCUUGUUGGAUAAGAGCUUUGCAAGAGAGAUAAAAACACUUGGGAGAAUAAGGCACAGGCAUUUGGUGAAGCUCAUUGGGUAUUGCAGUAACAAAGGAGCAGGCUCGAAUUUGUUGAUAUAUGAUUACAUGGAGAAUGGGAGUUUGUGGGACUGGCUCCAUGGACAAGAAAGUAGGAGCGAGAAGGGAGGAUCAAAGGGACUCGAUUGGGAGACGAGGUUAAGAAUAGCUGUCGGGUUAGCUCAAGGUGUGGAAUAUUUGCACCAUGAUUGUGUUCCGAAGAUCGUUCACAGGGACAUUAAAUCAAGUAAUCUGCUGUUGGAUUCAAACAUGGAGGCUCAUUUGGGAGAUUUUGGAUUGGCAAAGCAGAUUCAUGCCAAUUAUGAAUCUAUUAAUGAAACAGAAUCCAGUAUUUGGUUUGCUGGAUCUUAUGGAUACAUCGCCCCAGAGUACGCGUACUCAUUGAAGGCAACAGAAAAGAGUGAUGUUUACAGCAUGGGAAUUGUACUAAUGGAGCUUGUAAGCGGAAGAAUGCCAACAGAUUCAAGUUUAGGUACAGAUAUAGACAUGGUUAGAUGGGUAGAAACACAUAUUGAGAUGGAAGGAACAGAGCGAGAAAAGCUGUUUGACCUGAAUUUGAAGCCUCUUUCCGCCAAUGAAGAAUAUGCAUCUCUCCAAGUUCUUGAAAUUGCACUCCAGUGCACUAAGACACACCCGGCAGAAAGACCAUCUUCACGCCAAAUCUGUGACCAACUUCUCCAAAUUCACAGAAACAGGAAAGUUGGUUCUGCAAACAGAGAUAAUGUCUUAGUGUGAAAAUCGAGCUGGAUCAGUGUUCCUUGGUACAUUUCAAAGAAGAGUAUUUUGUUCUAACAGACUGAUUAGAUGAUGAUUUUAUUAUUGUAAUCUGCUUGCAGGCUGCAGCUAUUAUGAUGUAAAUAAAAAAAUUUACUUUGAGAAAUUUAGAAAACCACGUGUUUCAUAUUUUUUAAAAUAAACAAAAAAAAGUUCAUGCAUAGAGGGACACGUGGCUUUCUAAUUUAGGUUUAACUUUAGUUUGAGAAAAUGGGAUUCUGAUUUGUCUGCCUUUAAAGUUCAGAACUGGGUUGCUGAUUUAGGUUGAAGUGAACCUCUUUAGAAAUCUAAAAUUUUCAGCUUUUCCAUCCCUUGUUCUAAUUCCCCUUCUUCUCUCCUAUUAUGGAAACACUUUCUUUCCCCUAUGAAUUUGAUUGCAGUUGUGUAACAUUUGUUAGUCAAUUAUUUUUGGUAGGCAUGG